AUCAUUCUGCGAUAUUGCUCAGUACCCCUUGUCUCAGCGGGGCACUCGUCCGACCAAAUCCAAAGAGAUUAAUCCACGAGACUGCAGUUAUCUCUGAUGCAGCCAUCAAGACGAAUCGAGCCGAGAAUCUUCCCAGUUCCUCUGGCUGCAACUUUGACACGGACCGUGUCUUCGACCGGCCCCCAAUGCCAAAUAAAGACACGUACGCGCGCCGGACGUAAGCAAUCUCUACGCGGCAGGAAAAACGGACUCUAGCAGAAUCCCGGAACAACGCAAAUAUGCCCUCAGACUCGACUACUUCUGCUCCUACCCCUCUCCGCAUCACGAUCGUGGGCGCCGGGCUGGGCGGCCUCACCGCAGCCUUGGCCUUGCGCCAGAUCGGGCACAUCGUGCAGGUGUUUGAGCGCUCUGACAGCAAUCCGGAGGUCGGCGCGGCGCUCGGACUGCAGCCCAACGCGAUGCGAGUGUUGAAGCAUUUUGGUGUCCAGGAGGAGAACAUGAAAGGCGUGCUCUUGCGCGGGGUCGUCGCUUUCGACUAUGUGACCGGAGAAGGAAGCGGGAGGAGCUUCGCGCCAAGUGGAGAAGGUGGAGAGAACGAGUGGUCGCUGGCGUGUCAUCGGACCGACAUUCACGAAGAACUGAAGCGCACUGCGCUCGAUCCGGCGGGCGGCCACUCACCCGUGUCGCUGCGCUUCGGUUGCAAGGUCGUAUCCUGCUCGCCGGAAGAGGGCGAUGUAGUGCUCGAGUCCGGCGAGACUGUGCACGCGGACCUAGUUCUCGGAGCAGACGGCAUCAAGUCGCUCAUCCGCACGCAUGUGCUAGGACACGUACAAGAAGCGUUGCCCACGGGGAUCACUUGUUUGCGCACGGUGUACAAAGCGCCUCCGAGAGACGGCAGCUUCACAGGCCUGGAGUGGUUCGACGAGGGAAUCGCGGGCGUUCGCUCUGUUCCCUCGCAGGGUCUCCCCUUCCGGAUGAUUCUUUGCUAUCCGUGUAGGAGUGGAGAACUCAUCAACACGAUUCACUUCUACACGGAAACGGAAGAGGAGAUGGACGCUUCGAUCACACCGAUCACCGCAGCGCAGGUGCGCGCCAAGUUCGCCGAUUACCACGCCAAGUUCCACCGCCUGCUAGACCUGCAAAGCCAUAGCGGCCAGAUCCUCCGCUGGCGGCUGCGCACGGUCCCCGCACUGCCGACAUGGUCCAAGGGCCGCACUGCGAUCCUCGGUGACGCGGCUCACGCGACGGUUCCGUUCUUGGCCCAAGGCGCGGCGAUGGCCAUCGAGGACGCGGGUGUUCUCGCGGGCCUGUUGCCCCUCGGAACUACGCGCGAGGACGUCCCGGCGCGGCUCGCUGUCUGGCAGGACAUCCGGAAGCCGAGGGCGGAUUUCGUGAACAGGACGUCAGUUGAGCAGGUGGCUGCUAUCAUGUCUGGGCGGCAUCAAAAUGCACAUGGCAACACGCGCGCAAAAUUGGCAGAAUACGAUGCGAUUGCCGCCGGUCGUCAGGCUUACCAGGAUAAGUUUGCUAGCGGGCAGAAUGCCUAG